UGUCAUUUAAUUACACGUCGGUGGUUGGUUGGUUGGUUGGUUAGUUAGUUAGUUGGAGAUGGAAUGAAACCAAAAAACUCUACAUUUUAACUAUUGAUUGGUUUAUCUUUGUAAUUCUUCCGGAGGGUUUUAAUGCAGCUUUGUUGCCUCAUUGAUCAGUACAAAGCAGUUUCUCUGGGGAUUACUGCUCCAUGUAGGUGACUCUUAGCAUUGUCGUUUUAUAAACGGUUCAAAGCGUUUUAAAUCAGUUGAAUAACGGAUUUAUUUAUCUAACAACAAAUACACCGUGUAUGCCGACGUUUGACAGGAUCAUGGAUCAGGACUAUGAGUGCAGGCUCCUCAGACAGAUCAAUAUCCAAAAUGAAAAUGCAAGUCCCAUUAAAGCUGUAGGAGCAGUGCGAUCUCUGACACCCACCAGCUCCCCCCUGUCCUCUCCUAGCAAGCAUGGUGAUCGCUUCAUUCCCUCCCGGGCUGGAGCCAACUGGAGUGUCAACUUCCAUCGCAUUAAUGAAAUUGAAAAGUCGCACAAUCAAAAUAGGAAAACCAAAGAUGGCACCACUGACAGCAACAAAGCGGACGGUCUGGCUUACUCAGCUCUGCUGAAAAAUGAGCUACUAGGAGCAGGCAUUGAGAAAGUCCAGGACCCCCAGUCAGAAGAUCGUCGCUUGCAGCCAUCUACGCCUGCCAAGAGGAGCCUUUUUAGUUAUUCUGUAAGUACCAAGAGAGCUCUUCCCGAAGAGGAUGGAAACACAGUCUCUCCCUAUUCACUAUCACCUGUCAGUAGUAACAGUCAGAAACUUCUUCGAUCUCCACGAAAACCAACACGCAAGAUUUCUAAAAUACCUUUCAAAGUUCUGGACGCUCCAGAGCUUCAAGAUGAUUUCUACCUCAACCUAGUGGACUGGUCCUCUCUGAAUGUGCUCAGUGUGGGACUGGGUACCUGUGUCUACUUGUGGAGUGCCUGUACCAGCCAGGUGACUCGUCUUUGUGACCUUUCUGUAGAAGGAGACUCUGUGACGUCAGUGGGCUGGUCAGAGAGGGGUAACCUGGUAGCUGUAGGCACCCACAAAGGCUAUGUACAAAUCUGGGAUGCAGCAGCAGGGAAGAAGCUCUCUGUGCUAGAAGGACACACAGCCAGAGUGGGUGCUCUAGCAUGGAAUGCCGACCAGCUGUCGUCUGGGAGUCGUGAUCGGGUGAUCCUGCAGCGGGACAUCAGGGCACCGCCUCUCCAGUCAGAACGUCGGCUCCAAGGACACAGACAGGAAGUCUGCGGGCUCAAGUGGAGCACAGACCACCAGCUUCUAGCCUCAGGUGGAAAUGAUAACAAGUUACUCGUGUGGAACCACUCAAGUGUCCUCCCAGUGCAGCAGUACACGGAGCACUUAGCUGCAGUGAAGGCCAUCGCCUGGUCUCCUCACCAACACGGCCUGUUGGCCUCUGGAGGAGGCACUGCCGAUCGCUGCAUCCGCUUUUGGAACACUCUGACUGGCCAGCCUCUGCAGUGCACCGACACCGGCUCUCAGGUCUGCAACCUGGCCUGGUCCAAGCACACUAACGAACUGGUCAGCACGCACGGUUAUUCCCAGAACCAGAUCCUCGUGUGGAAGUAUCCGUCUCUAACUCAAGUGGCCAAGCUUACGGGACAUUCCUAUAGAGUACUUUACCUGGCUAUGUCACCUGAUGGGGAGGCCAUCGUGACCGGGGCUGGAGAUGAAACUCUGAGGUUCUGGAACGUCUUUAGCAAGAUGAGAUCCACUAAGGAAUCAGUCUCUGUGUUAAACCUCUUCACCAGGAUCCGGUAGUCUGCACGGUGCGGGGAAUAAAAACAGGAAGGGAAUUUGUCUUUGCAUGUCUCCUGGUGUAAAUGGGGCCUCUUUGAACACUCACCUCAGUACUCUGCAGAGGUCCUCCUCAACUGGUCUUAGUUAAGUUGUAGCAGAAGAUGAGAGGAGACACAUAGACCGAGUAUCGAGGGUAGAAGAGAUGCUCACAGUAUUCCACUUCCUCCUGAAUGAUGGAGCCACUGCCGCCUCCAGUUUCGGGGCCUUUAUCUCCCCGUGUCUGCAAACAGACGUUGUGCAUACCUGCCAAAUAUUGAGUUUGUCCUUGUGAUCGUUUAUUUAUUUUCUGUUUUUGUUUAGUUUCUUUGUUGUUUGUAUGUUUUUUGCUCCUUUUUUUUUUUUUUUUUUUUUUACAUUUUUAACAUAUGUUAUCGACGUAUUUGCUGCAAAGGCUGGUUGACUUAAUUUUAUGUGCAUAACUGCAGUUUUUUGGUCUGAUCUGUGGAGCAAGUUUGAUUUUGUUCAGGUUUGCAGAAAAAAAUUCCAAGCUUGCGUUACCUUUUCCUGAGGGGCAAUAAUGUUUCGUGUACACUGAUAAAAGAUUCAUAAUCUUGUGCCAUUUUGCUAAUAGUUAACAAGGAUUCAGUGAAAGAGCCUGAUGUCUCUUGUUUUUGUUUUUUAAGAAAAAUGACAUUUUUAUUUUAGUUAAUGAAAAUAAUAAUCAAACAUGGCAAGCAUUACUUCAUUAUCUCCCCAAAACAAUUUGUUUUUGGGAGAUUAUCUUUUCCUAAUUGAAAAGCAAGCCAAGGAAAAUUAAAAGGAAAUAGCUUUGGCUUAUCAUUGUAGUUUACAGCAACCACUAGCGCACAGUAAAAACAUUUGUAAUUAAACCAGAUGGUGAAAUGCUGCUGUGUAAAGAACUUCUGCUUUGUGCUAUGUCUGUAACAUAUUCAAGCUUGGGGCGCUCAUUUUUUUGCUACUUCAAACUUCUGUGUCAGGCAGUCAUGCUGUUGAACUUUGUUUUUUAAUCUGGAGAAAUAUUUCAUAUCCUCUGCCACGUUUUCUUUGAAUGUUUCAGCCACCUACCUUUGAACAAGCGCUAUUUAUUUGUCUUGUGAAAGUUUAGAGUACAGAGUGAAGAGGUUUGCUUAGCGAGGUUGUCUGAAGGGAGCUGACGGUCAACUCUAAAUUUUAAUGUCACUUAAAGACAACGCUGACAACUUCAGUUAUUGAAAGAAUGUUUCAAAAAGAAAAAAGAAAUAUUUCUGUACUGGAACAUGAACAACAAUUAAAUUGCCAUAUCUUGUAA